GAAACAUUCCAUAAAAAGGAGCACCUGAAGUUAGGUUCUCUGGAGUCUUCCUUCCUUCCAACUAGUGCCUGGUACAUUAUCUCUGAACCCAGCCAUGAAUUCCCUGGUAGCUCUCGUGCUCCUGGGUCAGAUUAUAGGAUCUACGCUUAGCUUUCAACUGGCGCCAAAUAUGGAUUGCAACACCAAAGGCACUAAAGACUGGGCAGAUAUAGGUGUGCGCUACAUCAACGAGCAUAAACUACAUGGAUACAAACAAGCCCUCAAUAUAAUCAAGAUUUUCCGUCUCCUUCCCUCGGAUGGCCUUUCGGUGAUGUUCCACUUUAAAUUAAAUCUUCUGGAGACAGAAUGUCACGUGUUGGAUCCCACUCCUGUCGAGAAUUGUAUUGUAAGGCAAAAGAAUAAUCAUGCUGUUGAAAUGGACUGUAAUGUCAGGAUAAUCCAUGAUAUUGCGACUUUUGGAGACGAGGUUUUUGUGAAAUGCAAUUCCACUCCAGAUUCUGUGGAAAAUGUGCGGCGAAAUUGUCCUAAAUGUCCAAUUCUGUUGCCUCCGAAUGACCCUCACGUGGUAGACUCUGUUGAAUAUGUGCUUAAUAAACACAAUGAACAACUUUCCGGCCACGUUUACGAAGUUCUUGAGAUUUCAAGAGGGCAGCACAAAUAUGAGCCUGAAGCUUUCUAUGUGGAGUUUGCUAUUGUGGAGGUUAACUGCACUGCUGAGGAAGCCCACGAUGACCAUCAUCACUGCCAUCCUAAUACAGCAGGAGAAGAUCAUAUUGGAUUCUGCAGAGCAACUGUUUUCAGGUCGCAUGCUAGCCUGGAAAAACCUAAAGAUGAAAAGUUUGAGUCGGACUGUGUCAUCCUUCAUGUCAAGAAGGGACACGCUUACUCCCAUUUGAUUGAGCAUCACGUUGGAAAAUAUAAUACUUCCCCAGGACGCAACAGUACUGAUGAAUGUGUGGUGGAAUGCCCAGUUGCUUUUGUUAACAAAGAAGUCCCAAAAGAUAUAUCAGAUCAUGACACACCCCCUGUGGAAGGUUGUCCAGGAAAAGCACUUCACUUCCAGCUGUAGACCAGCCAUACUAGAGAGCAUAGAGAAACCACCCAGUUAGUGCAAAACCAUUUUCCAAAUCUGAACUCAAAGCUUGAAUCCAAAAAGGGUUUACCCUGACACAUUACAGUCUUUGCCACAUGUUGUGAUCAUCCAUGGUUGUUAUAACAAAGGGGCUUUGUAUUUGUGCCUUUCUGCUUAUACAAAUGCAGGUUCUGAUGCUCACUUAAUAUCUUCCUGUCCCUCUCUCUGUUCAGCCAAGGAACGAGAAAAAAGUUGAUCAGAAGUUAUAUUAGUCCUAAAGUCCAAAUUCUUCCUUUUUAUUCUUUUAAAGAGAAAAUGUGUAGCAUUUGACAACAAUACCCCCAAAGUCCCAUCACCUCUAUUUCUUGCGAGAUUUGUUUUUCCCAGAAUGUUUCACUAUGCUACAUUAUUUGACAGGGGCAAGUUGAACAAAGUCCAAAUAUACUGAUAGAAAAAAGCAGAGGGUACUUUCUAAAUAAAUUGUUCAAUUCUAAAA